AUGAGUGACGCCUACAUUUUAUUUAGGCCUUCCUCUGCGGGUCAAGGCAAUCUGGCCAGGACGUGCACCGCACCACACCGAAUCCUUUUCCCUUGCCGGGGGGGCCUUGAUUCUGACCUUAAUCGUCCUCGCCUCGCCUUGGCCAUUAGUGAACUAUUCUCUCCGUCCGGCUUUGCGACCAUUUCAGCCCUGUUUGACCUUCGUCACUUAACUAGUUGUCUCCACUUUUUUAGUUGCAACAAGUGCCACGCCGCGCCUCUGGUCUCUGGUACCAGAAGACUGGUCGCGUCCGCCGCUCUCUUUGGGGUCCCAAUCUUUCGUCCCUCCCACUCUCCCAAAGCAUCCUCCUUUUCCUCCUUCAUCAUAAUCACCUAUCCGUCGAGACGAAAAAGAGCUUCCCGCACGGAAAUCAAUCGCUCGUCUCCGCACCUCAUCAUGGACGCCACAAACCUGCUCGACCCCCGCCUCAUCGGCAGCCGAUGCCCUAGCGGCUACUCGUACCGCAACGGAUACUGCUACCGCAACAGCUGGUACAGCUGGGGUCGCUGGGUCCUCGUCGGUGUCCUCAUCUUCUUUGCUCUCGUCUUCCUCUUCCUCUGCAGCUGCUGCGCUCGCCGCCGCUCGCGCAAGGGUUCCAAGCCCAUGUACGGCACCGGCUGGAUGGGCGGCAACAAAUGGGGUGGCAACAACAACAACAACGCCCAGAACACCUAUCCUCAGCAGACCUACCCCCAGCAGGACUACAACCAGAACCAAGGUGGCUACAACUACAACCAGCAGCAGCAGGGCUAUCAGGCACCGCCCAACUACGGCAACAACUCCCAGCAGCCCCAGAAUACCGGCACCACCAUGAACCCCAACGACGGCUACUACGGUAACCAGCAGUACGGCGGCCCCCAGCAGCCCCAGAACACGUACCAGCCCGCUGGUGGCUACGCCCCUCCUCCCGGCCCUCCUCCCACCAAAUAA